CUCGGAAAGAAAGGCCUGGAGGAGGGACGAGUUUCCGCGCUUGCGCGUCCAUUCGCGCCUGAGAGCGUCUGUGGGGCCGCGCUCAUUUCGUGGCAACUUCACGUUUCGAGAUAAUUCGUGUGGUUUCAGGGCGUAGUGUUCAGAUCGCGGGGAAUCGUUAGCUCGCUGCUUUCCAGCAAUUUCAACGUGUCGAGUUGUGAACGAGAUCGCGAGAGAGGAAGUGGUGGUUCGCACAAAGGAAUUCGUGUAUACGCGUACAUGCGAUGUUAGCCGCCGCACAAUCGAGCAAGCUCACGCGACGUGUUACAUUAUUUUCCCGGCGCGUCUACGCGCCACUCCGAUGUGAGUGCGAUCUUCGCUCCGUGUUUCGGUAAAUCGUCACGGUAAUCGAAUAAACCAUCGUCGCCGCCGCCGCAGUAGCAGCAGCAGGCACGUCCACGCAUCAUCAUGUUCUGGACGAAUAAUUACGUGUCAUCGCCGCAUAUCGAGGCAUUGCUCAGCAAGGAGGAUGUUACUCUGCACGAGUUGAUGGACGAGGAGGAUAUCCUGCAGGAAUGCAAGAGUCAGAACAAAAAGCUGGUCGAGUAUCUCACGAGGCCAGCUGUCAUGGAAGAGUUAGUGACAUUAACUACUAAAGAACCAUCCAUAGACAUCGAAGAACGUUGGCGUUAUAAAUAUCCUAAUGUUGCCUGCGAGUUGCUCACAUGCGAUGUACCUACACUGAAUGAGAAACUGGCAGGUGAUGAGGCACUUUUGGCCAAAUUAUAUUCUUUCAUAGAUACUGAUCAGCCAUUAAAUCCACUACUUGCAUCAUUUUUCAGUAAAACUCUUGGAGUACUUGUUGCUCGUAAAAGUGACCAGGUAAUUAUGCAUAAGCUUUACUUUCACAUAUACUAAUAUGUAAUAAUUAGC